AUGUUGUCACCGCUGUCAUCGCCAGGCGCUUCUCCAGGUCCGUCUGCAGAAUCUACCACAGGAGACUCCGAGUCUAUCCACUCAUUAUCACAAUCAUCCCUUUCAAAAACCACCCAGGGCAUGUGUACACCAACUGAAUCACCAACUUUCGGUUCAUCCAACCCAGCUACAAACGGCUCCGAUUCCAAUCAAACUUUGACAACCAUAGAUCCGGUUUCUGGAUCAUCUACAGCAGCCGCAGGCUCGGGCAUUCCUGAUACCUUACCACCAAUGGUUACAAGAAAUGAUGAGUCCAAUAAACUCAAGAAAAAGAUGGAUCUUGAUGAACCUCAUCAAGUCGGAUCAUCACACGCAGCAAAAAACGCCAACUCGAACACCAAGUCCAAGAAACGAGAGUCGGGCAAUGAUGAAUCUCACCAAACUGGAGCCUCACACUCGGCAAAGAGACCCAAAAAGAAAGCCGGACUAUUCGAUGACGAUUUAGAUGAGAACAACAUCAUUCCAGAUACCGACGACUUGUGUGGAAUGAAAAUGACCCGCGCAAAGAAACGUUCUGUCGAAAAGAAGAUUGAAACAACCAACGAAAAUGUCAACGGAAGUCAUACAGCCCAAUCCUCGAACACUAAAGCCAUCGACGCCGCUGCGAGCCAAAAUAAUACAAGAAUAACUUCGGGGGGUCAGAGAAAGGCGACCAAUGUGAAGCAUUUGGCUGCGUUGCCUUUACCUCAGAAAGGUUCAACCACAAGAAUUGGGAACAAAAAUACUUCAACGGAAAAGACUACCACUGAGAAGGUUCUAUCUGAGGAUCGCCUGAGGAUGAUGGAGGCUAUGGUACUGCAAUCUCCUACUGAGGCACAGGAACGUGACUACAGUGCUAAAUUCGAACCUAAGCCAUAUAACUCUCGUCAUCUCUAUACCUUGACCAGAGUAGAAAAGAACAAUAACACUUGGAGUUUUCAGGUCACCAAGGAGCAGAAGCGUAGGGUUCCAGUUGGCGAUGCUCAGUACGUAUGGCUGCAGAGCCAACCAAAAGGUGUCAGAGACAAGGCCAAAAAGAUGGAUAGGGAAGGAACUAGCGACCCAUUUGGAACUUUUUUGGAAAAAACGAAAAGAACUCUAUACGAUGGGACUAGGGUUCAGGAUAGUGUGCCUGUCCAAUACAUGUCUCAAUUUAUCAAAGACCGCCACACCCCCAUCCCUGCAGACGAACGAAAGCGAAAGAAGAUGAAGCAGACUUACACUUUCAAAACCUACUUUCCUACUUCAGCCCUUGUUCAGUGUUGUCCCAGCUUGAAAUAUGAUAGUACCGAGCUGAAUGUGGAGUUCAUCGAGACUGUACUUGAGACAAAGUCGAAGGAGAGUUUCGAGUUGAAGGCCAAGAUAGAGAAAGCUGUUGAGAUUCAGGGGGUAAAAAACGCAGAGGCGGCAGAGGCGGCAAGAGUAGCUAAGGCGGCAGAGGCGGUAGCUAGGGGACAUCCUGUUGCUUCAGUCGCCUCCUCUCUAGCUUCUUCAGAGGAAUAUAUUCGUGUAGGACUAGAGUGUGAGAUGAUAUUGGACGAUUCAUUGCUAAAGGAGUAG